GCACCAAGGGGGAACGACAACUAGUCUCAAGAGCCAGCCACAACAAAGAGAUUGAAGAGCAACAAGAGCCAACACUGUCUGAACUUUUUUUGAAAUCCACAGAUCUUCAAGGGAGAAACUGUUCUUUUUUCUGUCGGUGAGAGAGCAUUAAUCUUCAUUGACUGUCUAUCUGGCGCAUUCUUGCAUCUUCGUUUACUUUCUGGACGACUUUUUCCUCCCCUUGGUCUCACCAUGAGAGGAGUUCUGGUUUUGUUUGUGUUGGGGAUGUGUAUGCUGGGUGGACAGUGUGUUCCCCUGAAGAAAUCUGUGUCUGUCACCUUCCCUGGAGAUGUCCUCAAGAACAUGACGGAUACAGAGCUGGCAGACAGCUACCUGAAGAGGUUCGGCUACAUGAACGUCCAGCACCGCAGCGGUUUCCAGUCCAUGGUGUCCAGCACCAAGGCCCUGAUGAGGAUGCAGAGGCAGAUGGGACUGGAGGAGACAGGGACGCUGGACAAGUCUACGGUAGCAGCCAUGAAGGCACCUCGCUGCGGGGUCCCUGACGUACGCUCCUACCAGACCUUCGAGGGGGACCUGAAAUGGGACCAUCACGACGUUACGUACAGGAUCCUGAACUACUCUCCAGACAUGGGAGCCUCUCUGAUAGAUGAUGCCUUCGCCAGAGCCUUCAAAGUGUGGAGUGAUGUCACCCCUCUCACUUUCACGCGGCUCUUCGACGGCACCGCUGACAUCAUGGUGUCAUUUGGAAAAGCAGACCAUGGAGACGGCUACCCCUUCGAUGGUAAGGACGGCCUUCUGGCCCACGCCUUCCCCCCUGGUGAGGGUAUACAGGGAGACGCCCACUUUGAUGAUGACGAAAACUGGACCCUCGGCAAAGGACCAGCUGUGAAGACUAGCUUUGGCAACGCAGAGGGUGCUAUGUGUCACUUCCCUUUCUCCUUCGAGGGCAAGCAGUAUUCCACCUGCACCACAGAGGGGCGCUCUGACAACCUGCCCUGGUGUGCCACCACAGCCGACUACGGCAGAGACAAGAAAUUCGGCUUCUGUCCAAGCGAACUUCUGUACACAUUCGACGGAAACAGCAACGGCAAUAAAUGUGUGUUCCCCUUCGUGUUUCUUGGGGAGACAUAUGAAGGUUGCACGAAGGAGGGCCGCAGUGAUGGAUACCGCUGGUGUUCCACCACAGACAACUUUGACAAGGAUAAGAAGUAUGGCUUCUGUCCCAACAGAGAUACGGCUGUGAUUGGUGGAAACUCUGAGGGAGAGCCGUGCCAGUUCCCCUUUGUCUUCCAGGGGGUGAAGUAUGACUCAUGCACCAGCGAGGGACGGGGAGACGGCAGGCUGUGGUGCGCCACCACCAGCAACUUUGACGUAGACACGAAAUGGGGCUUCUGCCAAGAUCGUGGCUACAGUCUGUUCCUGGUUGCGGCCCAUGAGUUUGGUCAUGCCCUGGGUCUGGACCACUCCAACAUCAGAGAUGCCCUCAUGUAUCCCAUGUACGGCUACGUUGAAGACUUCUCCCUGCAUGAAGAUGAUGUUGAAGGCAUUCAGUAUCUCUAUGGAUCCAAGACAGGCCCUGACCCCACACCCCCUGGACCCAUCCCCACUAUUCCUUCACCUGGCCCUGACCCCAGCGAUGAGCCUGAGCCUGACACCACCACACGCCCUGUGGACCCAUCCCAGGACCCCUGCCAGAUUAACAAGUUCGACACCAUCACAGAGAUUGAUGGAGAUCUGCACUUCUUCAAGGAUGGGCAAUAUUGGAGGUUGUCGAGCAAGACUGAUGGUGGACUGGAGGGUCCGUUCUCCAUGUCUGAGAGGUGGCCGGCUCUGCCAGCCGUCGUUGACACAGCCUUCGAGGACCUUGUGACCAAGAAAAUCUACUUCUUCUCAGGCACCAGGUUCUGGGUGUAUACUGGGCAGAGUGUCCUGGGACCCCGCAGCAUUGAGACGCUGGGUCUGCCCUCUACUGUGGAGAAGGUGGAGGGAGCAUUGCAGAGAGGGAAUGGCAAGGUGCUGCUCUUCAGCAACGAGAACUUCUGGAGGCUGGAUGUGGAGGCCCAGAAAAUCGACAAGGGAUAUCCUCGCUUCACAGACCUGGUCUUUGUAGGAGUCCCCGUUGAUGCCCAUGAUGUGUUCCAAUUCAUGGGCCACUCCUACUUCUGCCAGGAUCACAUCUACUGGCGAAUGAACUCUAGGAGACAGGUGGACCGUGUGGGAUACGUGAAGGACGACCUCCUGAAGUGUACCGACUCCUCUAACUAGGGGGCUGAAGAUUGAAGAACCCUUUCAAUAGGGCCUCUUAGGGUAGGGUCCGAGAUCUGUUUGUGCUGUGUUGCCAUCUCCUUGUACAUUUACAUUUGAAGUCAUUUAGCAGACGCUCUUAUCCAGUGCCGUUUGUAAAGUUGAAACGGCACCACAUAGUUUGUGUGCUUUGUAAAAUUUUGAAAUGAUCGGCCACCUUCCAUGUACCAACAUCACCUUCCAUGUACCAACAUCACCUUCCAUGUACCAACUCACCUUCCAUGUACCAACAUCACCUUCCAUGUACCAACAUCACCUUCCAUGUACCAACAUCACCUUCCAUGUACCAACAUCACCUUCCAUGUACCAACAUCACCUUCCAUGUACCAACAUCACAACAGUAGAAUUAGGUCAUAAAAGUGCUACACAUGUAUGGGCACUUUCCUUUUAACUGUGUGUGAGUUAACAGGUUAUUGUCAUCUAAUCUAGACUAGGGUCCAGAGAGAGACAUAACCACAGCCCUGAAAUAAUGAUUUCAGCCCCAGCAGAACCGAUUCAAAAUCUGUUGUGGCUUUAAACCAUCUCCCUGGCGCAGAUAUUUUGGAUGAGACGUUAAUUGAUAUUUAUUUAUAUUACUGUCCGGUUUUAUUUUUGUGUUCAACAAUACAAGUGUUCAUUUGGAGUUAUUUAAUAUUUUUUUAACUGGCUCAAAAGCCAUGUAUUUUGCACUGGAUGGCAUGCCAUUGUAUCUCUCACAUAAGUUAUUUUGUAUGUAAAGCAAUGUAUUGUAUUAAAACAGAAAUGAAAAUUCAAUAAACAAAUAGCACUUCA